CCCACGCCGCCGCCGCCAUCCGCCGCCGCCGCAACCGCCGCCUCCUCCACUUCCAACAGGGAGGGGUCGCCGGACAGCGAGGUGACCGUGGUGGGAGGGGAGCUGAUGGCGCAGCAGUACCGCUACCAGCCAGUGGUGGCGCCGCCCCCGCCGCCCGGACAGCAGUUCGGCUACGGCUACGCCCCCCAGUACUACCCCAGCCCCCCCGCCUCCAGCCUGCAGUACCCGCACUACCACCAGGAGCUGUGCUACCCGGCGCCGCCCUACUUCCACCACAAGAGCUCCGCCUACUCGACGCCGCCGCCGCCCCCGGUGGCCGUGCCGCCUCCGGUGGCCGCCGCCGCCGCAGCCGCCGCCGCCGCGCAGCGCUACCACCGCGGCUACCUGUCGGCGCCCGCCCCCGCGCCCGCCCCCGCCUACGACCAGCCGGCCUCCGGCAGCUCGUCGGGCGCGUCCGCGUCCGCCUCCGGCAGCGCGGCGGCGGGCCAGGUGGUGCCGCUGGGCUCGUCGUCGUCCGCCUCCGGCGGCUCGGGCGCGCCCUCCGGGGGCGGCUCGUACGCCCCCGUGCACGACACGUACGCGGGCAGCACCGGCUCGUCCGCCUCCGGGCCCGCGCCGCCGCCCCCCGCCGCGGUCGUGGACGCGUACCCGCCCCCGCCGCCGCCCCCGGCCGCCUACUACGGGUACGCACAGCCGCCGGGAGGCCCGCCCCCGCCGCCCCCGGUCUGCUACACGCACUCCCCCACCCGCAGCCUGCCCUACAUAGAGUACCCGAGCUGCCCGUGCCCCAUGCAGUCGUGUCCAAAAAACGUCCAUACUGGGCCUCUUACUGGUGACAGCAGUAAGGGGCCGGCCAAGCCCCAGCUACAACUGCAGCUCCAGCCCCCGGCGGCCCAGCCGCAGCCCCCGCAGCAGGCCCAGCAGCAGCAGCCGCCGCAGGCCCCCGCGCCCGCCCCCGCGCCGCCGCCCCCGAUGCCGCUGCCGCUGGAACCCGCUCCCUGCCCGCCCAGCCCGGCGCGUGGCAGCGCGGGGGUGGGGGUGCCGCCCCCGCCGAGCCCCAGCCGCGACGGCGCCGCCGCCACGCUGCUGGUGCGCCGCCCCCGCCAGGAGGGCUCGCCGGCCGCGCUGCCCCACACAGGGGCUGCUGGAGAAGCUACAAUCACCUCGGGCACUGUUACUGCCCCCGAAACCAAGACAGAGGUGAAAUGCGAGCCCGUGGUGGCAGCCACUGUGACGCCGUCGGCAGUCCGAAAGCGACGGCCCUCCGCGGCACACACCGAGGCACCCACCGCUGCUCCGGCACCCAAGAAGGCGCGCACCAACUCGUGCACUGCUGCCGAGGCGGCCGAAAAGUCUCCGCCGCCGGCAGCGGAAGGCCCCGCAGCGACCGAGGCCGCCGCACCCGCACCGGCAGAAGCGGUGCGGGCGGACCCGGUGCCCACUGUUAUGCCCCCCAAAGCUGGCAAGCGCAAGGGCACAGAUGAAGUGCCGACCGAGCAGCAGCAGCAAGAGCAACAGCAGCAACAACAAGAGCAGCAGCAAGAAGAACAGCAGCAGCAACAGCGCAAACUGGCAAAAGUGAAUCGCUCUCAAGCAAAGGUAUACCCACAUAGGAAGAAACUGCAGCCAGGUGUCUGCAUUAACAAUAACCGGCUGCCCCCGGUGGAGGCCCCAGCCAAGCAGUUGCAGGCCAAUGGUUCGGGCCCCUCCCCCACACCUGCAGCCAACCCCACUCCAGCAGCUGCUCCCACAGCGGGUCGCAAGGUGCGGCGCACGGCUCCGCCUCCGCCUAGGACCGCACCCUCCGCUUCGGUGGUGAACGCUGCCGCGGAACGGAGACGACGGCGCUCCUCCAACGGGCGCCGCAGCCCCCCUCCUGCCACCCCCACGGGGCAGGCCGGUACUGCCCCCUCAGUUCCCGCCCGACGCCAGUCGAGGGUGUUGUCCGGUCCGCGCAAGUCCUUGGGUCCGAGGUGGUCCAACGGUUGGUCUUGGGAAGGUGCAUCCUUUGAGGCCAAAGUCUUCCUCACUAGUGACGAUGUACCUGUUACACGUAAAUGCUAUCCCGCAAUGCGACACGUGGAGGGCGACCUGGUGUGCCCGCAUGACUGCAUCCUCCUCAAGUCUGGACCAAGGAAGCUGGACCUCCCAUUUGUUGCAAAGGUUGCUGCCCUGUGGGAGAACCCAGAUGAUGGCGAAAUGAUGAUGUCACUGCUUUGGUACUACCGACCAGAGCACACGGAACAGGGCAUCUCUUCUGCAGACACGGAAGACGAAAUAUUUGCUUCAAAGCACAAAGACAUCAACAGUGUGGCCUGUAUAGAGGAUAAGUGCUACGUCCUCACUUUCACAGAGUACUGCCGGUACCGGAAGGUGGCCCGACGCCAGGACGAGGGAGUGCGUGAGCCCCCUCUGGUGGUGCCGCCACCCGAGGACAAUCCACGCAGUCGCUUCCAGCCACCGCCUUCGGUCUCAUCGGAGCUGGUCUUCUACUGCCGCCGAGUCUACGACUUCCGACAGAAGCGAAUCCUCAGCUCGAGGGUGUCGGGUGGGAGCCGUUAUGCCCGGCAGCUCAACAGGAACCGCUCCCGCCUCAUGUAG